CAUGAGUUUAUUCAGUGGCCAUGCUAAGACAUGGUUAGGAGCGCCUCUGCACUCCGGCGUGCUCUCUCAUCACAGCCAGAGCAUCCCCGGUCCGACCGAGACGCUUCACACACAUGCUGACACAGCUCCGACAUGGACGCGCUGAGAAGAAAGGGAUAAAACUGGAGCGAGGGAAGCCAGAAGAAGAAACAGUAGAAGAAGAAGAAGAGUGAAUGGGGAAGAAAGAAGAGGUUAUAAAGAAGAUAAGAGAGAAAGUGACGGCGCGGUAGAGGAAAGGAAACAGGUGCAUCGAGGCGGAGAAUGGGCAAUUCCUCCUUCCCAGGCAUGUCCCCUCUCUCUCCGUCCAUUCUGUAGUUGCAGGUCGAGAGAAGAGAAAGGGUCCCAUGAUCUCUGCCGGCGAUGCCGAGUUCCCGCGGGAUUACCACACGCUGGCUGGCGGCGGCGGCCGCGGGGCCCGGCGGUUCCCCGACAAUACCAACGGGGGGUUCACGUCGUCCUCGCUGGACCGCCGCCACAACUCCGUGGCCGCCAAGAGCCUGGAGGCCCUGAACAGCAUCCACAAGGCGGACAUCGAACGCCAGCGAGACGCCCUCAUGGACCUCCAGAAGAACAAGUUCUCCAACAGCCCCGGCAGCUUGUCGCAGGGCUCCGUCCCGGCUGGACGACAGCAACAACCAAACUACUGGAGCUUCAAGACUCGAACGCCACGUGUGACUCGACUCAGCCCGACACAGCCGGCGCUCGCUGACCAGGCCAGCAGGGUAUCGUUUGCAUCAGCUGAAAAUCUGGAGACCAUGUCGGAGCCUGAUAUGCCCAUCGGCUUUAACCGGAUGAACCGGCUUCGCCAGAGCCUGCCGCUGGCCCGCUCAUCCAGCCAGGCAAAGCUGCGGGCGCCAGGGAUCUUGUUCCUCCAGCUUGGGGAGGAGACUCGCCGGGUCCACCUGACCCACGAGCUGACCAGCCUGGAUACUCUGAGGGCCCUCAUCGUGCACAUGUUCCCCCAGAGGCUCACCAUGGCCAUGCUCAGGUCUCCCAACACAGCUCUGCUGAUCAAAGACGAGACCCGUAAUGUCUUCUAUGAGCUGGAGGACCCGCGGGACGUUCAGGACCGCUGCGUAAUUAAGAUUUACUGCAAAGAGCCCAUCUACGGCACCUACCCCGGACACCAACACCCACACCUGGCCAACGGAGACCUGCGGAGGGAGAUGGUGUAUGCACCUCAGGACUCUCCACCCAACCGCCGCCUCAGCAACCCGCCCAUGUCUUCCCAGCAUUCAUCUUCCUCCGCCUCCCCUCAAGGCUCGCCGUCCCGCGCCCGCCUCCUCUACAGCGGCGGCAGGCCUUCCUCCUACGCCGGGCCGCCCCACCACACCCACUCCCUGCCGCACCCGCACCCCCACCCGCACUCCCAGUCCCACCACUCCUCUCCCCACCAGCAGCCGCAGCUCCACCAGCCCCAUCACACCCAGCAGGCCUUCUGCACCUCCUCCAGCGCCAUCCUGGAGCGCAGGGACGUGAAGCCCGAUGACGAGGUGGGGGGAUCCCGGACCAUGGUGCUGCUGCGGGGAGACGAACGCGGCGGAGGGGGGAUCUACGCGGACCCCUACUCUCUGGGCCCAGACACGAGUCGGCUGAGUAUGGCAGGAGGUCCUCACUCCCCUCUACCAGCCAGAGCAGACCCCUAUGGCUCCUUAUACCGCCGUGGAGGAGGGGGAGGAGGUGGAGGAGGAGGAGGAGGAGGAGGAGGUGCUGGGUCAAUGCGUUCACUCACCUCCUACACAGCAGCCGCUUUACAAGGAGAGCUGAUGGAAAGCGGCGCUCUCUACAGACCAGGAGGACCGCUUUAUAACGACGCCUACGCUGCGUCUAUGUUGGCCAUGGGGCUGCGGGUUCCUCCUCCGUCCUCCCCGCAGAAGAUACCCGACAUGAGGGAGUCCUACGCCGGCACCAUGCCCGGUCGGGGCUCCCCAGGGAGGCAGAGUUUGAGAAGGGACUCUGUGACCUCGUCUGUGUUCGGGGACAGUCCCAAAGCCCGUGGCCAGGGCCCAGGGUUAGGUCUCACCUCAGAGCAGCUCUGCUUGAUGGCCGGUCCUGGAGGGGAGGGAGGCGGCGCCGGAGGCUUCGGCUCUCCUCUGCUGGGAAACGAAACAGAGACCAGGGAGCGUAUGGAGGCCAUGGAGAAGCAGAUAGCGAGCCUGACCGGGCUGCUGCAGAGAGUACUGAGCAGAGCGCCGGAGGCAGAAAGCCCGGAGAAGAUUGAGUCAGCCAGCGACUGCUCAGGAACUGACACUGGACGAACUAAAAAAAAGAAAGUUCUGACACCGUCUGCUCCCCUGGCCCUGAUGCCUCCUCCACCCUCGGGGGCCAACCAGCCGGUGACGGUGUCCCGUCUGCAGAUGCAGCACCACCUACAAGGCCUGCAGCAGAACACCAACGCACUGCGCAAACAACUGUCGCAGCUACGCAACAUGCAGCUGGAGAACCAGGACUCGGUCUUGUCCCUGCUGAGGCAGACGGAGUCGGAGCUGAGCCUCAUGAUGCUGGACGCCAUGCGCACGCAGGAGGACCCGCUCCAGAGACAGCGCCUCCUGGUGGAGGAGGAGAGACUCAAGUACCUCAACCAGGAGGAGCUGCUCAUCCAGCAGCUUCAUGACCUGGAGAAGUCGGUGGAGGAGCUGCAGAGGAACUCGUCGGUGAAUCACGGCCUGGUGACGGAGCACGAUGUGGAGCAGAAGAGCAAAGAGCUGAGGAUGCUGGGAGAGACACUCACUGAGCUCAAAAACCAGUUCCCCAGCCUGCAGAGUAAGAUGCGGGUGGUGCUGAGGGUGGAGGUGGAGGCGGUUAAGUUCCUGAAAGAGGAGCCUCACCGCCUGGACGCCCUGCUGAAGCGCUGCAACACCAUGACGGAUGCGCUCAGCACGCUCCGCAGUCUCUUGUAUCCCUCCUAUAUGUACAGACAAGUGACCGAGGGAGUGUGGAAGGGCCCCGAGGACCUGUCGCAGAAGAGAUCGGAGGAUCGCAUCUCCGACCUAGACAUCCUGAACAGUCCUCCGCUCAGCCUCUCCGACCUGAGCACCGGCGCCGGCCUGGCCAACUGGAUGCCCGCGUCCGCCAACGACGCGGACAUCUCGGGCCCCGAGCAGGACAUCCCGCCUUCCAUGACCUUCAGGAACCGGGUUCUCGACGAGCUGCCGAGUCGGCGUCCUGGCGAUAAGUCCGUGUCGGCCGAAGUCAGACUGGCGGCAGAGCGGGACUGGGAGGAGAAGCGUGCCAGCUUGACCCAGUUCAGCGCCCAGGACAUCAAUCGCUUGCUGGAAGAGACCCAGGCCGAGCUGAUGAAGGCCAUCCCGGACCUCGACUUCGCUGCCAGGCACAUCAACAAGCCCGCGGUGCCCCCCAAGCCCCAGAUCACCAUCCCUAUCACUUCCACCACAGCGACCUCUCCUGCAGCCGGGACCACUGGGACCGCAGCCAACGCCGCUGCCUCCACCACGCCCGGCGGGGACCAGCAGCCCGGCAAAGUGCAGCUGGCCGCCCAGAAGCUGAACAGCAUGGAGGGGGGUUCUCAUCGAGGGUCGGUGGAUCUCAACGUGGCCAGGUAUCGUACAGAGAAGCCCUCCAAGUCUCCGCCGCCACCUCCACCUCGCCGAAGCUUCCCGUCGGCGCACGGCCUCACCACCAACCGCACCGGAGAGGUCAUCGUCACCUCCAAGAAUAUGAAGAUGGAAGAAGAUGGCGACCUGCCUAAAACUCUGGUGAAGCUGCGGCGGACGCCCUGCGACACCCCUCGACCUGCCUCGACCCCGCCUGUGAUCGCAGCGUCGGGCAUUCGCGACGACGACGACGACGAAGAGAAGAUUAUUGCUGAGCUGGAGAUAUUUCAGAGAACGCCUGUAAAAGAUUGUAAUAAACCAAAGGCCACCCCCGCCCCGCCCUGCAUCUUUGGCUCCUUGGGCAGAAAGAACAGCAGCAACUCUCCGGGGCCGAUGAAGGGCCCCACCGUCGCCGCCCGGCUCAAACACCUCCAACAAGGCAGCCUGGAGAGGCCCAAAACCCGCAAGCAGAAAGAGGAUUUCCCCAAAGUCCAGGGCCAGCAGCAGGUAUUCCACUUCUAACAGCUCCACCUCUGAUGCUUCUUCUUCUUCUUCUUCGUCUGAGGAACGUCUGGCCCCAACCAGCAGACACAAACACCAGAGGGGGGGGACCAUCUACAGAAACCUUGAUUCUUACCAGUUCUUGAUGUGUGUUUUGACAUUUGAGUUACUGGAUCUAACCUAGCUUGCUUAGAGAUCUUGUCGUACGAGUAUGUCGAUGUUUUGAUUUCCUGAGGAAGGUUCUUGGUGGUGCUUGUGACUGAUUAAACUAGCUUUAUUAUGAUAAUAGUCAGAUACAUCCAUUGAUCUCCAGUAAUGCCACGGAAUGAUUUCAUAUAUCUCAAAGUGAUCCAGCCAUGUAGUCUCUCACUGAAUCCUCAUCUCUCACUCUAUCCAUCCAGUAGCGACCACCUGCUGCUCUCUUUGUAUCACCCGUCCUUUAACCGUCUCCAGGUUAGCGGGCAGCGCUGCAGCAGCUGCACGCUGUUUUAGCUCGCUGGUGUGGCUGCUGUCGAACAGCCAAGAGGCCAAUCCAUUAAGCUAGCUUAACUCAGAAUUGCCUUUUUUUACAGCUCUUAUGCUACGACUUAUUAUGCAAGAUGAGACGAGAGUGAAGCACAAGGUGCGAGGUCACCUGAAGAAAGGUGUUUUUGUGGAGGAGCUUUUCAGUUUAAUGUGUGCAAUAAACAGAUUUAUAGAGGAGAAGUGCAGAAUCAUAUUAUAUACGAGCGACUGAGGCAGCAGAGGAAAAACAAAACGUAUCUGGAAGCAAAAAAUAAUUAAAUCAUAUAAUCAACUGUAAACCUAAUUAUGAAAUUGAAUGUCACUGAAUUGUUAUACUUGGAAAAAAAUAUCCGACUUUGAAAUUUAACAUCUGUCAUUUAAAGUUAUGCAACUCAACUAACUAAACUUAAUUUUACACAAUACUCAUUUUUACUGAGUAGCGCUUGAAUGCACCAUAAUGUAAUCAAUGGAACCUCCGCUAACGUUAGUAGCUCCGUUAUUUAGCCAAGCAGGACUGUGCUGCCCACCAGCUGCUAACAGCUAAUGUUACUGACUCUCCUCCUGACGAUUUCAACACAGAUUUGUUGUUCACAGUCUCGUCAUAUCAAGGAUAAAUAGGGUGCGCCCCCUCAGGUUUAGUUUUAGUAAAGCGAUGCUUUUGAGCACUUUUUCUUCUCUCCGCCAUGGCUACGGUCCCAAACAAAAUGAAGCAUGAUGCGUAUGCGUCAUUGUGCAUGUCUAACACGUUAUGCGUGGUGCGAAAGCUCAGAUAAAUUGACCUUUUUCCCCAAAAAUGUGGCUCUUUUUCAUCGCGAAAUAUUCACGUUCUGUAUGAAAAAUAUGUUGACAGCAAAUUAAUCGCACAAAAAAAACGCCCCAGGUGUGUUCAGGCCUUAAAGGUGCUCUAUACAAUAUCCAGAGCAUUAAUAUAUCAACAAGCAACUAUUUCCUAUGUAAAGAUAUAGAGGAGUAAUGUCUACCUGAGCAGAUAAUGAAGUCUCUCUCUCUCUGUGUUUGUUGUAAUCUGAGCUUUUUCUGUGUUUUAUUGACGUAGCCGGCCGGCUGCGCAUGCUUUUAUUGCAUGUGAGCGUGACCCACUGGCUAGCUCACGGCCGCCGCUCUGCACAGCUCUCGUACCGCGACCACAGCUGAUAACGCCGUCAGUUGUUGCGGAAGCCCUCAUGUGAGCACUGUUAGCUCCGUUAGCCGCCAGCUCAGCUUCCGCCACGUUGAGAGCCGUGCGAAGGCAAUAGAAAUGCUGCCAAUCUCGCAUUUAGCACUUUUAACGUGACACAUUCAGUCGUCGUUAAAUUUCACAAUCGGGUAUUUAGUUUCUUAUAAAAUUCUAAUUAUUAUAAUUUGCUUCCAACCGCCCGUCCACACAUACAGACUCAAACACGGGAGGAGUGACGGGAAGCCUUUCAUUGGGAAUUGAAUCUCAAGACUGCAAAGUCGCAUAGUAGCGACAUGGUUGUGUCCUCCUGGUGACAACUACUUCAACUCAGCGGGGGAAAACCUGUCAACAGCUUCUCCAUUCAAUAUGAUACAACUUUAAGAAGCUGCUGGGAAAGUAAAAAUAAGAAACAAGGCACCUGAUUGGACGAACGCUUUCCCUCGUGGGCUGCUGCUCCCAGCUCUCUAACUGGAACCAACAUCGCUCGUUUGGAAACUUUUUUCUCUUAUAUCACGAAAAUAGUUCACCGAAAUGUGUUCCUGAAAACAUUUUAUGUGAGAAAUAAGCCGUGCAGCUGAUGAAUCUGUCUUUAUUUUGGAUCGACAACGUGUACUUUAAAAGUUUCUUGAGAGUUUCCAGAGGUGGCGAGUCGCGCCGGACGCCCCUGAUUUUCAUAAAGUAGCCUAGACCUCAACUUUAUGCAAACGCUACGCUACCAGAAUGCAUGCAUGCAAGGACGGAGGCCGGCGGACACGUACCAUCAGAGCCGAGUAUGUGUAAUAUUUAGCUUUGGGCUCAUGAGAAGCCACUUUUGAGUGUGUAUGUGUGAACAGGAGGUUAAACUCAGUACUUGGCCUUUAAGAUGUGAAGCUCCACUCGUCUUAUCUGUUCCUGCAGACGCUCCGAGCGGCCCUCGACCUGCCGAGUGGAGCAGCGUUGACCCAUCCUCCACGGCCCUCUUACAAAAAAAAGAAAAAGAAAAAGAGCUUUUAGAAAAUACUGUGAAAGAGAGAAAAGGAGCCGGUCAGUCUCAGCCUUAACCGCUUCACCCCGAUCCAUAUAUCCACCCAGAGCCAUCGUCUCUCUGCAUGUGGGCCAGUUUCAGGAAUCUAUUCUGAUUAAUUCAUGAAUUUACCACAUUAAACAUGCAGCAUUUAUAAGUUUAUUUAGAGUUUUCCAAACACCUCCGAGAAGCAGUUCAUCCGCAGGAGCCCAGACACAUUUAGAGACUUAACUUCUGGUUCUCAGAAAGGACGGCGUCUCUGACGAUAGCUUCCGUUAGCACGCGGCUAACACGGCUGACCUCCACUUGCACUUCCCUCCACACAGAGACCUCCAGGAUUAGUAUUCAGGGCCGCUUGUGUCUUGUGCUGGUCUGAAUAUCAACUCCAUUUUUUUUUGCGCCUCAUUUCCCUUAUUGCUUUUUGAAGAUUUAUCACCCAAAGAGCCUGAAAGCAAACGGUCAAAUCAUGUUGGUUUUUGUUGCAUAAAGUCCAUGUUUACAUGGUGAGGAGGGAGCUCAUGGCUCAUGAGAUAAUGUCUUCAAUGGUGUUAAUAUUGAACACAAACACAUAUCCUCAACCAGCCCGGUCGCACGAGAAGGCGUAUGAGUGACACCAUAAUUAGGGUUCUAUGAAAUCCAUUGUAUUUUUUCCCAACUUCCAUGUUUUAGCAUUGAAGCACAUUUUGUCACCAGAUAAAGUGUCUAAUCCCGUGGUGGAUGAAUAAAAUGUCAACAACUCAUAAGAAAAUAAUCAAAAUUGAAUAAAUAUCAAUGAAUUUGAUGUUUCAAAACAGCUAUAAAGUAAUCCAUUCCGUCCUUUUGUAAAAUAAAGUGCUCUAAAUUUAGCUGUUAGUGUCGAAUUCCUCAGGUUUUUGGAUGACUAACAGGUGACCCCUCCUCCAGGUUUCCCCUCAACUCAUCUCUUGCGCUCUCAUUGGCCGUAGCUCUCCGACAGGUCACACAUUAAGCCUGCUAGGUGACGCAUCGGCGAGCCUCUCAGCUCACGUCUUUAAGCAGCGAGCGCAGAACAAACGCCAAUUUGCCUCUGAUCUGGGGCUUUUUUGUCUGGAACCUCCAAAAACUGUUGGCGAGAGGUAAAUCAGGGCUAAAGUGAACUAGACCAGUCGUCUGGCUGGUCUUCUCCGGCAUGAAUGAGUCAGAGAAGAGAGGCAGUGUUCCCGUAAACGAAACCAAAACAUAGCGGUAUAGUUUUUUCAUGUUAGUCGGCUUAGGUGCUGUGAAAAAGCGCUUGUAAUGGCUGGAAAAACCCUGAUUUUCAUAAAUAGUUUGGAAAAUCCCACACUAUUUUACAGUUGAUUCCAUUUUUAUCAACUGAUUCCGCGAUUCCAUCCGUGUUUUCCACAUCGUGGAAACCAUAGAGUCCUAGAUAAUUCACAAGCUUGCCAAAAGAGCGCCGUUGUUGCUUUAGGCGUGUCAUUUGUACGCCAUGUAGUCUGUACUGACUGCAAUGUAAACGCAUCCUUGUGAAUAUACUACGCUCAGAGCUAGCGUAGAAUAAUAAUUGAGAAAGACUGCUAACGGUGGGUCGGAGGGGAGGUGGAUGGGUCCAACAAACGCAGCACUUUCAACCCGGAGACCUGCUGUUUUGCUUUGUUAGUUACGUUAGUGAUGUUUGUCUCAUUUUCCGUACUUAUGUUACGUUGUUUACGUACGUGUUUUAGUUAGUUUACGUACUUGUUUAGGCCCAACCAUGACAUUUUUCCUUUUCUGGCUGCCUAAACUGUAGUUUUGUUACGUGGCGUACAAAUGACACUCAAAAAGCCUAAAAUGCGACCUCAUGACAUUCGUAAUGUUCUUGUAAUGUCGUGCUAUUUAUACGCCUUCCCAUGAGAUCGGGUCGCCUCAACAACGUGCUAGAUUCAACAUGAUCUGCAGUAUUUCUGUAAUUAUUUGUCUCCUCAUCAGUAGAUCAUAAAUGCAUCUCAAUCACUCUUAACUGUACAUACAGUGUUGUGGAUUCUGGGUCAAAUGAAGCCUCAUGUAUAAUAGUAGAUGUAAAGAACCGUGAUACAGAAAAUCAGUCGUACAUUUGGGGGACAGUUUGACUCAUUAAUUUGCUGCCAUCUCAGUCACUUUAUUCUUUAAUCACCCCGUCUCCGUUGUGGGUGAAGGAUGCAGUAAACAUCACAUGAUGCCUGUUUCAAGAUCAGCAGAAAGUGGUGCAAUGUGUGCACUUGCCUCGGGCAGAAUGAAUGCAUUUGGGUUGUAAAGUGUUUGCUAACCAGAGGCUGUUAGACUACAGCAUCCGUCUACAGGAGCUGCCAAAGCAGCGUGGCCAAAUGCUCCGUAUUUUAUCUGUGUUGGCGCACUCACACAUAAACCUAUAGUUUAUUUGAUGGAGAAGUUUGCUGCUCUGCUGCAGUAAAAAGAGGCGUUUCACUUUAUAAUCCCUUUUCAAGCCUGGGUGGUGCACCUGUCUGCUCGUCCUUUUGUUCCGGAGAGCGCUGAGCGAGCCACAGAUGUGCCGGUGUCCCCCCGAGGCAGCGAGCGGCACCUUGUCACCACAAACUGCUUUCUUUCAUUGUUGAACUUUAAGCCGUUGUCAAGCUCGGAUUCUUCCUCCUUGUACACCCUGUUCCUACACAGUUACAGACAAUAUGAGCUUUCAGAGGACGUGAAUGGCUUUUUAAGUUGUGUUUUAUUCCGCCAGCCUUUUCUCCAGGCAUUACAGUCGGCUGUUUAUCCUCACCGGUCCUCAAAGAAUACAUCUUCAUCCGAGCGCCGUUCGCCAAAAACUGUGAUUCUUAUUUUAUCUCGUCCCUUUCACAGAGCCACUGUUUCUCUGUGGAUUUUAUUCUUUAAAGUAGGGAUGUCACGGUACCAGAAAUCUAGUAGUCGAUACCAAUACCAGUGAAUUUCCACGAUUCUCGAUACCAAAUU